AUGGAGAAGCGCGGUACGUUUAAGGCGUCGGCGGCAGCGCUGCGAACACGGAACCCGAUCCGCGAACUCAUCGAAGGCCUGGACUUGCGCUCCCAUCCAAACAAGCAGGUGAUUCCUCUAUCCAUCGGAGACCCGACCAUCUUCGGAAACCUUCGAGCAGCUGACGUUGUCAAUGAAGCAGUGGUAGACGCUGUUCGUUCGGGUCGGGCGAACGGCUACCCGCCGGCUGUCGGCACGGAAGUUGCCCGGGAGGCCGUUGCCAAGGCUGCCAAUACCGCCAUAGAGGAAGCAGCACGUGUGGCUCGUCGCUUGAGUUCGCGUCAUACCAGUGGCGGGCCUACUCCUGAUAAACCCCGAAAUGGUACCCACCGCGACUGGGCGCAGACAGCGUUCACAUCAGCAGCGCACUACGAGAAGCGCGACGUGAUCCUGGCUAGCGGUGCAAGUCAUGCGCUGGACCUGUGCUUCUCUGCGCUUUUGGACCCCGAGGACAAUGUACUGCUUCCGAGUCUCAGCUUUCCGCUCUAUGAGACGAUAUGUGCGUACUUGGGCGCGGAGGUUCGGCGUUACCCGCUGGAUCCAGAGCGGGGCUGGCAGGCGACGGGACUCGAGCCCGGCGGAGCCACCGACCGACUCGUCGACGAGCGUACCGUCUGUAUUGUUGUGAAUAAUCCCAUGAAUCCAACAGGAAGCGUCUACGAGCGAAAACAUCUGCAAGAUAUUGUCGAAUUCGCUGAGCGGCAUCGCCUGGUUAUUCUCGCGGACGAGAUAUACGGCGGCAUGGUCUUCCAUCGUCGGCAUGCGGACGGGAGUGGCCCAGUGGGGCCACUUGAUGCACCACCCAUCGGGUGCCUUGCGAGGAAUGUUCCGGUCCUCACGGUUGAUGGCCUAGCGAAGCGCUUUCUCGUGCCGGGAUGGCGAAUGGGGUGGAUUCUCAUCCAUGACCCUACGCCGGAUCAACAGUUCUCUGUCAUUCGGCGGGCGCUCGAGGGCCUGUCGAUGAAGAUUUUGGGGCCGAACUCCCUUGUACAGGCUGCUCUACCGGUUAUUUUGUCCAAGACGAGUCGCGAAUGGUAUGAACACGUGCGGACAACGCUCGCUCGACAAGCGCAAUUUGCCUAUGAGAAGCUGUCAAGUAUUCGCGGCCUGCACGUACCGUCGCCACCGCACGGAGCCAUGUAUGUGUUGGUUUGUCUGCGAAACAACCAUAUGAGUGGAUUGGAAUUUGUCCAGCGCCUCAUGGCCGAGGAGAGUGUUCUGGUGCUUCCCGGUGAGUGCUUCGGUGCACCACCGGGCUACUUUCGUGUGACAUUCUGUGCACCGAUCGACAAGCUAUCGGAAGCGUUCAGUCGCAUUGCGAACUUUUGCGACCGACAUCUGCGUGCCGCCUAG